AUGACCGUCCUCGAGGAAGGGAUUGAGGUUGAGACUCUGACCUUGGUGUUCAGCGUGGCGUCGUGCACCCUCAAGUUCCCAGACAACAGUGGAGGUGCAGGAUGGUCGUUGAGCAUCGGUGCAGGCGGACUCGCCGAGCUCAGGGCCGACGAUGGGCUCGGCUACCCCUCGCUCUUGCACGCGGCCAGCGUUCCCCAGUCGCUGCCCGUCCCCGUGUGCUCGGACCCGGAGCUACUCGCCUCCCUGGACGGGCUGGACGCGUGUCGCCAGGCGAUGCGGGACCUGACGGAGGAGGAGCUCAGGCUCGCCAUGGAGGACACCCGGAUAUGCCGGGCCGCGCGAGGCGCCCGUGCGGGAGCGGCCUCGGGCGCUGUUCGUGGUGGCGCCGUCGGGCGGGGGCAAGACCACGGUGCUGAGGACGAACGCGUGGAGGUUCGACAUGAAGGUCGAGGAGGCAGUCUUCGCUGA